AUGAAUUGGUUGCUUGCAAACGUGGUAGUCCACUUCUUCUUGGAAUUUGUUGAACAACAAAACAAAGGAACAUCAUAUAAUGAUUUGAAGUUUAUUUCUACAAAUGGUCACCCAAAAGAACUUUUCUUAUCUAGUGACCCUCAUGCCCUUGUUGAACACAUGAAAAAGGUCUUGGUGAUUGAGGAUAGUGAAGUUGUUCAUAUUAAGGAUGGAGGAGUGACUAUUCUCAAGUUUGAGCAAGGCAAGGGCAAAGACGUAGAAAACAUUUCAAGACCAGCUUCUGUCCAAAGGUCACUGUCUAUUCUUGAGAUGGAGGUAGAGCAAAUAAACAAGGGCAAAUAUGAACAUUACAUGCAGAAAGAGAUUCAUGAGCAGCCGAAAUAUUUAACAGCCACCAUGAGGGGCCGCCUUAUACUUAGUGGUUCCAGCAAGUGGAAAAGUGUUUUGUUGGGUGGAUUGAAGGAUCAUUUGAAAACUAUUAGGAGGGGUAGAAGAAUUGUUUUUAUUGGAUGUGGAACUAGCUAUAAUGCUACUUUCGCUGCUAGACCUAUAUUGGAAGAACUUUCAGGUAUACCUGUGACAAUGGAGAUUGCAAGAAAUGGUGCUUUAUGUGUUGGAAUUACAAACACUGUUGGUAGUGCUAUAGCUCGAAACACACAUUGUGGUGUUCAUAUGAAUGUUGGUAGUGAGAUUGGUGUCACAAGUACCAAGGCAUAUACAAGUCAAAUAGUGGUGAUGGCUAUGGUGGCUCUAGCAAUUGGAGCUGACACAAUCUCUUCUAAACCACGAAGAGAAGCAAUCAAGAAAGCCUUAUACAUUUGCCAAGCUGGUCCUGUAGUAGCUGAAGCUAUGUUUGUAAACUGUGAAGAGAUUCCAGACUAUCCAAAAUAUAGGGACCCUGUGAGUUGCUUUAAUAAGGAUGAAGAGAAGAAGAUGGGUACAAUUGUGAAGGAAGAUUUUUGUGGUCCGGAUAGAUAUAACACCAUGGGAUUUGACAUCAUGGAAGGUAAAAAAAAAUAUAAACUUCCAACUGUUUCAUUCAUCAUUUUCAAAUCUCUGAAGGUUGAUGAUGAAAGUGAAUAG